AUGCUACAGGCAACAGCAUCACUGAUUGCUGAAGCUCGGGGCGAGGAACAAGGACGAUUGCUCCCGUACAUGGGAACGAAACGCGAAGGCAGUAGCGUAGCCAGUUAUCCCAGCAAACGCGACUACCAGCGACGCAUUGGAUUCAGCGUUACGGUUCGUUUACGCAAUCGUGUUUGUUCGGAUAGUUGCCUAAAAUUCGUAUAUCUGUCUUGUGCAACACUAGUUUCUGCAAGCUUCAUCAUCGAAUGCAUACUCUUACACCUGAUUGUCGUACCCUACCUAUCUGAAUCCGUUUUCGAGCCGGGUAUUUGCAAGUACAAUGGUUCUCGGCGAGAUGACAGUCCCAAGAAAUGCGAAAACAAAUGUUCAAAGGAACGAUCCUCGUUCCCCUGUCUCCAGAUUCGGGUGGUUUUCACACCUUUGCAUGUGGAUCCUAAUCAGUCCCAUCAUAAUCAAACCGGUGACACGGACGAUCGGGAAUUAUCUGCUACACUUGACUCUGUGAUUCGCAAUCAGCUGGAUUCUCCGUUCGCGUCACACUGGAUACCUCAACAAAAUGAGGACAUACCUGUCAAUGCUCGGUACAACUUCUCUUCUCCAGAGUCACGUGUUCUGUACCUAUUCGAUUACUUUAGCACAUUCGCUGCCCACAAAGCUAGUCGGUGUUCAACGAGUCCUUGCCACCGACGAGAAGAGGAUAACAAAGACGCUGUGGAAGACUUCAAACGCGUCCUAUGGAGACAGCAUAUAUUCUUGUGCUAUGCACGUCCAAGGAAAGCUCCCCACUCGACAGAACCCCAUAACCAAGUCGCAGGUAUCAACCAACCUGGAUUGGUUACCACGACAACGAGCACCAUCUUGGAUCUCGAAGAAACCACUCAGUCGCCAGUGUGGCAAAGAAGAGAUCCGAAAGAUGCUGCGGCUAUUAUUUAUCGACUCUAUACGCCGACAAUGUUCUUCCACAGCCUGUGUUGGCCCGGUGGAAUUUUUCUGAGUGCCCUAGUGAUACUCUUGUUUACCUACUUAGCAGAUGGUUGUCAGGCAUGGGCAAGAGAUAAGACUGUGAUUGCAUGA